GGGUACGGUUUGUGCUAUUUUCACUCGCGAUAUCCAUUACGUAUCGCUGGGAUUAGAUGUUUACCUUUACCCAAACCCACAGGGUCGGGAGAAAAAUGUUUGAAGUUGAUCAAAAUGUGCGGUAGGCCUCAUCAUCAGUUAAACGUCGUCAGCAUCCUCCAUGGGACCCACGUCUGCUCGAAGCUGAAGAAGAGUGGCACUGUACGACACGAAGGAGACUUGUGUGGCCGUGACACAGUAGUUGGUUUGUGUUAAUUCUUCAACCAGAAGUGUGCACGUGUACUACGCCAAGACAUCGUGUACGUCAUCAUGGCCGUGAACAUUCCCGGACUCAUCUCCGUCAUCGUGUUCUACAUCCUCAUCCUCGUCAUCGGCAUUAUCGCAGCCAGGAAAAGCAGAAGUACCAGUGCCGAAAACUCGUUCGUGGCCAAUAGAAGCAUAGGAUUAUGGCUGUCGUUCUUUACCAUUACGGCCACCAACAUUGGGGGAGGCUACAUUAAUGGUACAGCGGAAGCCAUGGCAUUUAGCGGCCUCAUCUGGACCAAUGCUCCCAUUCUGUAUUCCAUUUCCAUUGGCGUUGCUGGAGUGUUUUACGCGCCUAAGAUGAGAAGAGGAGGAUAUGUAACCAUGUUCGACCCCAUCCAGGCCAAGUUGGGAGAUCGUGCCGGAAGUCUUCUCUUCUUCCCGCAGCUGAUGGGAGAUGUCUUCUGGUCAGCCGCCAUCUUGUCAGCCUUAGGGUCCACCAUGUCCCUUAUCCUGGAUCUGGACCCCGUCUUGUCCAUCAUCGUGUCCACUUGUGUGGCCGUGUGCUACACCUUCAUCGGGGGACUAUACUCUGUGGCCUACACUGAUGUCAUCCAGCUCAUUUGUCUUUGCGUGGGACUGAUCGUGGCAUGUCCCUUUUCCUUCUUCCACCCAUCUGUCGACCUCUCACGAGUCCAGGACACGUGGCUGGGAGAGCUGCCCACAAACAUGAUUGGUAUAUAUGCAGACCUCUGUUGUCAGCUCAUCUUUGGAGGUCUAGCUUGGCAGGUUUUUUACCAGAGGGUGUUGGCUUGCAAGACGGCCAGUGUUGCUCGUACAAGUUCCAUUGUAUCAUCGUUUUGUAGCCUACUUUUCGCCAUACCGCCAGCAGCUAUCGGAGUAGUCGGGGCAGCAGCAGACUGGAAUGCCACAUCCUACACAGGCGAUGUACCAAUACCUACUGAAUACCACAGUUUUAUCCUUCCCAUGGUGCUCAAUUACUUGUGUCCACUUCCGGUGGCAGUGUUGGGACUUGGUGUGGUGGCUGCUGCUGUCAUGUCAUCUGCCGACUCCUCUGUCCUUGCAAGUGGAACCGUCUUUGCUAAGAAUAUCUACAAAGAUGUCCUACGUCCACAGGCCAGCGACCGAGAAGUGAUGUGGGUCUUGAGAGUUGGCAUAGUGGUGACUGGUACGUUGUCGUGCGUCCUUGCCAUCCUGGUGAAGUCAGUUUAUGGACUGUUCUACUUGUGUUCUGACCUAGUGUACGUCAUCCUCUUCCCCCCAUUCACCUGCGUUCUCUGGAUCGGGUUCACCAACACCUACGGCGCGCUCACCGGCUACGCCCUCAGCCUCUUUCUGAGAGUGGCCGCUGGGGACGCCCUGCUUGGAAUCCCAGCUUUUAUUCAUUUCCCCUUUUACACAGAAGCUGAUGGCCAAUUGUUUCCUUUCAAGACCCUGGCGAUGAUAGUCAACUUUGUGGCCAUCAUAUCUGUGUCAGCGUUCACAAGGCUUGUGUUCCGGCGAGGGUGGUUGUCAACCAGAUGGGAUGUGUUUAAUGUGAUGAAGAGAGAAGAGGACGCCAAGAGGGCCGAAGAGCGAGGAGAAAGUCUGAUGAUGAAGGAACGACAAGAUGGAAACAGAGACCUGGAUUACGCAGAGAAUGAAAAGAUGAAACUUGGGGAUAACUAUAUGCAGUAAUUAAAAUCGAUUACAUUUUUGGUGUACACCAACAUAAUGUGAUUUAUUAUCCACAAACUAGUGUUAACUUACUCACUCACUCGCUGUUAUUCAUAAUUACAUGUAACCCUUAAGAACCCACUGACAGUUUCGGAGAGCUGUUUUCCAAUCUGUAUUUAACUUGAUGCUGACCUCUGUACUUUGAAUCUACUUGUCCCCUGAUGUUUCUCUGUGUGUAGUGCGCCUCGGAGGGGGUUCUCCGAAUGCCGGCUUCUAUUGCUUAAGAUAUGGAAGCAGUGGAUUGUUAUAAUCUCUAAAACAUAACCUUAUGGGUUUGUUAUAUUCUUUUAAGUCCUUAACCAAAAACACCAAUUCCUUUCAUAUACACAUCAAUAUACAUUUUUCUGCAGCAAUGUAAUUAGACCAAUAAUCUGAGAGAUGCAGUCGGUAUACUGAAG